AUGGCUACUGCGAUUGUAUAUUGUAAUCACAAAAUUAAAAUUGUUUGCUUUUUCUUGUCUUGUAUUUUCUUGAAAAUAAAACCGGUCGCGUCCGGGCCGUUGGGUUAAAGUUUUGAGGGAGUCGAAAAUGUUUAAAAAUUUUACUUAUACACUUUAUUUCAUUAUCGUUAAGAAAAUAAGAAUUUCAACUGAUAUCUUAAUGUUUGCGUUUGCUUGAAAAAAAAACUGUAAUUGAUACGUUUAUCAUUUCCAGAGACUCGUGUGAAAUUACUCAGUGUCAAUGCACGUGAUCCUCGUCACAGGAAUGCCAGGAGUGGGCAAAACCACUAUCAUGCGCAGUGUUAGCCUAGAGCUCAAGAAACGCGGCAUGCAAUUUGAUGGGUUUUAUACGGAAGAAGUGCGAGCGGCCAAUGGUGAACGAACGGGUUUCGACAUUGUCACUUUCGAUGGUAAGCAAGCACCACUGGCACGAGUCAGUGAAUCUUUGCCCAAUUAUCCAGCACGGUAUCGAGUCGGCAAAUACAGCGUAUGCGUUUCGGAAUUCGAAUCACUAGCGCUACCAGCCCUUAAUGCGAGCACUGCAAAUCUACUGUUGCUAGAUGAAAUCGGUAAAAUGGAACUCAAAUCGAAAGCUUUCGAAACUCGUCUGGCUCAACUCACGGCUCGCCUUACCCGGGGAGAUAAUCUAUUUCUUCUGGCGACAAUCCCAUUGAAGGCAGUGCUUCCGAUCGUCGAACAACUGAAAGCCAUCCCGAAAACGAUGUUAUUCCAUGUUACUUUUUCCAACCGCAACAAGAUGGUGAUGGAAAUUUUAGAGGCGACUAUUCGGAUGACUAGUGCAGGUCAGUAACCAAGUAGUUUAAAUGACUCGAACUUCUCAAAUAUAUUUAU